UCUCUUUGGUUAGCACUUCGCCGUGGCCUGUAAUAAUUGUAAACAAGGUUUUGUCUAACAUGAAACAUCUGUAGGUAAUGUAGAAAUAUUGUACGUAUACAAUUAUUUCUGCCAAAUAGUAUUUUAGGUUAAGAUUUACACAAAUUACAAUGUCUAAAAGAAGUCAACCAUCGUGGUCUACUCCAGUACCAACGGAGAAAAGAGCAGUUCUAAAAUUAUUUAAUAGCUUGACCAGGCAGAAGGAAGAGUUUAUUUGUUCAAAAGGAAACCAUGUAAAAUGGUACAGCUGUGGGCCAACGGUGUAUGAUGCUUCCCAUAUGGGUCAUGCAAGGUCCUAUAUAUCAUUCGAUAUUUUAAGAAGAAUAUUAGCAAACUAUUUUGGCUAUGAUAUAUUGUUUGUUAUGAACAUAACAGAUAUUGAUGACAAGAUCAUCAGAAGAGCUAGACAGAAUUAUCUUUAUGAAGAAUAUUUGAAGGAAGAAAAAACUUUAGCUGAUAUAGUGGAUGAUUCAACCCAAGUGGUUAAUUAUUAUGAAGAUUUGGUUAAAAAUACAGUUGAUCCAGAUAAAAAAGCUUCCAUGCAAAAAACAUUUGAUAAAUUUGCUAAUGCAGUGAAGGAUUUGAAAGUAGCUGUUGAGUCACAAGAUGAGGAGAAAAUGAGUAUAGCAAAAAGUGAUAUGUUACAAGCAUCUAGAGAUCCUUUGUCUGAUUGGUUGGAUAGUAAGUUUGGAGCCACAGUCACAGACAAUGCAAUAUUUACUAAGCUAUCAAGAUUUUGGGAAAAUGAAUUCCAUAAAGAUAUGAAAGCUCUCAAUAUAUUGCCUCCAGAUAUUCUAACAAGAGUAACAGAAUAUGUUCCACAAAUAAUUGCAUUUAUUAAAAAAAUUAUUGACAACGGCUUAGCAUAUGAAUCAAAUGGCUCAGUAUAUUUCAGUGUCAGUGAAUUUGAUGGCAAAGAUGAACAUUACUACGCUCGGUUGGUACCUGAAGCUUACGGAGACACCAGAUCUCUACUAGAAGGAGAAGGUGAUCUUAGUGAUGAAACUGCUGAGAAAAGAUCACCUAAUGACUUUGCUUUGUGGAAAAAGAGUAAACCCGGUGAGCCUUCAUGGGAGUCUCCAUGGGGUGGUGGUAGACCAGGCUGGCAUAUAGAAUGCUCAGCCAUGGCUGCUGAUAUCUUAGGAUCUAAGGUGGAUAUUCACACAGGAGGAGUCGAUCUCAAGUUCCCGCACCAUGACAAUGAGCUAGCCCAGAGUGAGGCCUACUUUAAUGAACCGGGCUGGAUAAACUACUUUCUUCACACUGGCCACCUGACUAUAUCCGGUUGUAAAAUGUCCAAGUCACUCAAGAACUUUGUGACAAUAUCGGAAGCUCUUCAACGAUAUACAGCAAGACAAUUGAGAAUCGCUUUCCUGUUGCAUGGAUGGAAGGAAACACUUGAUUACUCUGAUAACACCAUGGAGAUGGCGAUUCAGACUGAAAAAUUAUUUAAUGAGUUCUUUUUAACGGUGAAGGAUGCAAUUCGUAGUGGAUAUGAUGAAGGUUGUGGCGGCGUAUGGACCGACAGUGAACAACAACUCUCCGCCAAACUUACAGCGGUCAAGGAACAAGUGCACGAGGCUCUGUGUGAUAACUUGGACACCCGCCGCGCUAUAGACAGUCUCCGUGAGCUGGUGGGGGCGACGCACGUGUACUUGCGGCAAACGGCCCCGCGGCCAUCACCCCUGCUGGUCACCGCAGCUCGCUACGUCACCGACAUGCUGCACAUAUUCGGCGCUAUCGACGGACCCCGCGGUCUCAUUGGCUUCCCUGUUGGAGAUACCAAUGUUUGUUUGGAAGAAGUAGUGAUGCCGUACUUGGAGGCGCUGAGCACGUUCCGGGGCAGCGUGCGGGAGGCGGCGCGGGGCGCGGGGUCAGGGCCGAGUGUGUUGGCUCUGUGUGACGAGCUGCGGGACGACGUGUUGCCCGCGCUGGGGGUGCGUCUUGAGGAUAAACCUGACCGCACGAUCGUGAAGCUCGUGAGCAAAGAGGAACUCGCAAGAGAACGCGAGGAAAAGAAGCGCAUUGAGGCGGAGAAACAGAAGAAGAAAGAAGAGUUGUUGAAGGCGCAGCGGGCGAAAGAAGAACAGAAGAAAAUACCGCCCAACCAAAUGUUUUUACGUGAGACUGACAAGUAUUCCAAGUUUGAUGAUAAGGGUUUGCCCACGCAUGACAACGAAGGUAAGGAGCUGAGUAAAGGUCUCGUGAAGAAACUACAAAAACUGCAACAGGCUCAAGAGAAGAAGUACAACGAAUAUAUCGCGUCCGCUAAUUCUUCUUAAUCCCACAUAAAUUUAAAUUUUUGAUUUGAUUGAUUUGAGUCAUGACAAAGAUUUUGUAUUUUUUUCCACAAAUCAGCGUAGCGCGUUCUGUCGCCGCCACGUACUAAUUUAUUUUUUUUAUUUAUAAGUUCGGUUAUUUGACGGUCUCUUACGGUACGGAAGCAUAUUGAGGGAACCUGCACACACCUGUUAAGAAAUUAAAAGGUUGUACGUGAAUUUGAACAACUUAUACUGAACCAGCAUGGCCGAGCAAAAUUAUAGGCUCCAAAUAUAGAUUGAACCCAAAGCCGUAAAAUAAGUUGGUAAAAAAUAUUUGGUGGUGCUGCAAAAUAAAUAAUUUUAAAGUUAUACUUUUUUUAGGCGCGUUAUGAAAAAUGAUGUGAGUGAAAUUUUAAGAAGUUGGUUCCUAAAAUUUUCUGACGUUUGCGUCAUUCGUUAUUUUUUUUUUUGGUUUUUUCGUCCUCUAUUUAUAGGACUGGGAAAAGGUUCAAGCCCAUACAGCCGUAUUCAUUAUUAAAUAAUUAACUGUCGAAGCCAUCUUUGCAAGAUUUUAACAAAAUUGUUCUUUCUAAAAACGUAGAAUAGCACGAGGAAUAAAUCAUUUUAAUGAUUUUUGCUUCGUUAGGCCAAAGAAGUAUAACUUCUUGCGUGCAUACAUAAGUACACACACACUUUAUUGCUAAUCCUAGACAGAUUUAAAACAGUUACGUCAAUCACCGUAUGGGCAUUGGGACGCUUCAUAUGACACUUGCGAGUUUAAUAAAUUAUUUUAUUGUUAACAUAAUUGUGGUUACAAACGUGAAAUAAUAUAUGAAAUACCUAAUAUUAGAUUGUUUAUUUGUAAGGCACAAAUUGAUUGAGAACAUUUUAAGCUUUUAAAGUCGUGCUUGCUUAUUUCAUAUUUUUUUUUACUUAAAAUCUUACCAACUUAAGUAUACCAUUUGUUUAUGCUGAUAAAAUGAUUUUAUACAUUCUGAUGUGUAUACAGUAUUCUGUAGUGAUGUAUAAAAGUUGCUAUACUAAAGGAUAUAUAUAUAUAUAUAUAUUAAACUAUUUAAAUAUU